GACGUCCCGUCCGCACGACCUCACCUUCGCUUCCGGCGCCGCAGCAGUGCCCCGUCCAUCACGCCCGUCAGCUGCAGGUGCGCCCCCAGCUGCGCGCGCCGCGCCCCCCAGCCGCGCCGCUCAGCAGCCGCAGGUGCAGCCGCAGCAUGACGCCGACCAGGCUGAUGACGCUGCUCGGGGUGGCGCUUCUCCUCGCGCUGCUCAGCUCGUUCGCGGCCGCCGACGACCAGCAGCAGCAGCACCAGCAGCUCCCGCAGCACGACAAGCAGACCGUCAGGCAGAGGCGGCCCGUCCACGGCACCAGGAGGAGGGUCAAGCCGCUGUCACGGGACGGGGAGGCCUCGCUGACCGCUGGACGCCGGCGUGCCCAGGGGGGCGGGGGCAGCGGGGGCAGCGGGGGCAGCUACCAGAAUGGCGGCUUCGUCACGGCCACCACCACCAACCCCCUGCAUCUCCAGCAGCUGCAGCAGCCGCCGCACGAGACCACGCCCAACAACAGGGACGCCAGAUUCCUGUCGCUGUUCACCGUGGUGCAGUUCGACAACCAGCCCUGCGCCGCGGCCUCGGGUGACAACGGCACCUGCCUGACGGUGGCCGAGUGCGGCGCCAGGGGCGGCAUGGCAUCCGGGCCGUGCGCCAACAGCUUCGGCGUCUGCUGCGUCUUUAUGGCGACGUGCGGGCAGAGCACGCGCGAGAACUGCACCUACUUCACCAACGCCGGCUACCCAGCCGCCUCGGACGGCACCGGCUCCUGUCAGCUCACGAUCCACAAGGCCCGACCCGACAUAUGCCAGUUCAGGCUGGACUUUGACCAGUUCAACAUCCAGGGCCCGGAGCCCAUGAACCACGUGUGCAGCAACGACCAGUUCAUCGUGUCGGGCGGCAACCCGGUGCCGGCCAUCUGCGGCGUCAACACGGGCAACCACAUGUACGUGGACGCAGGGAUGGGAGUGACGAACCCGGUGACGCUCACCUUCGUCACCAGCGGGCCGUCCUUCGCCAGGAACUGGAAGGUGAAGAUCUGUCAGAUUCCGUGCAGUUCGACCUACCGCGCCGAGGAAGGGUGCCUGCAAUACUUCACGGGCGUGUCGGGGACCAUCAAGUCGUUCAACUACGAACCCAACGGCGGUCUGCAGCUGUCCAACCAAGACUACUCGAUCUGCGUGCGGAUGGAGAGGAACUUCUGCGGGAUCCAGUACAGCCAGUGCACCGACACAGUGAACAACCGGACGCACUCGUUCACCCUCUCGGGCGACACGCGGGGGCAGAACCCGGUCACCUCCAUGGCGGGCUCGAGCUCGUGCAUGGCCGACUGGCUCAUCAUCCCCUGCGUCAACAAUGUCGGCCGCGUGUCCCAGGGGCCGUCCUCCUCCACGUGCGUGGACCGCCUGUGCGGCGGCACGCUCAGCGCGGAGGUCGGCACCACGCCCACCACCGUCUUCAGCACAGUAAAACCCUUUCGGCUGGCUUAUCACACCAACAAUGUAGAAGCCCCAAAUGACAUGGGCAACCGAGGUUUCUGCUUGAACUAUGUGCAACAGCCGUGCACCAACAACUUAAACUGAAGAGCCGAUCGGCGGGCAUGUGAGGAUGUAUUCAAAUUGUGAUGAAAUGACAUUAAGUGAGUAAGUAGUAUGGUGUAAGAACCAGUAAAAUCAUUGGUACCUGUUCAGAAAAUUUUGAGUUAGAUAGCUCAAAAAUGACUGUAAUUAAAUUGUUAUGUUUACCAUCAGUUUAUUUGAUGCUUGUUUUUGUUUAAAUAAAAUUGCAAAAUAUUGA